AUGUCCAAACAUCCAUCAUCAUCUGGUACCAAACCCUCCCAACAUGCAAAGACUCCAUCCAUGGAGUUUGAAGAUGAAGACGUGAUGGACGUCACUCCUCUGUGCAUGAUACCAGGCGACACCACAGGUCCCUCCUCCAAUGCUGGAGAUAGGCAAGGUAAUACCUCUGGUAACUCCUCUCUUCCUAAAGACAUGUAUUAUGCUGAUCGUGCUAUAAGGAAACUAGUCACGAGAAUUCUGAGUGAAGGGCACAAAGUUGAAGGGGUUUCUACCCCUCUGUCCAGAAGGGAACCCUCUCCUGAGGGAGAACCCCAUGCUGAUAAAGGUGAUGAUUCAUCUAGAUCAGAAAAGGAGGUUGCUGCUGAAGGGUUUUGCUCUCUAGAGGAAGGAAUCACUGAAGGAGAGGAUGAUCCUUUGGUUCAUCUGGUAAAACCUAGUGUAGCUGAAAAACUGAGAACUAAGAAAGGAAAAAGUGUGGCUAAAAUGAGAGCUGCUAGAGUGAAAAAGACUGCAGGUAUAGGACCCUCAAAACCCUGGAGCAAGGUUGAGGUUGGGAAAAGAAAAGAAAGAGACAGCUUUGAUUCUAAGGAGGAUGUUAAAGACGAUGUCCCAGACAUCUCCCCUGCAAAAAGGCAGGCUGUUCAGAAAUCUCCUGGCAAGGCUGUUGCUGUCCAUCUAGACAAUAUCUCCUUUCAUUUAGAAGAUGGAGCAGCAAAGUGGACAUAUGUCAUUCAGAGAAGAGUAGCCAUUGAAAGAGAACUUGGACAAGAAGCUAUAGAGGUAAAGGAGGUAAUUGAGCUGAUCAAAAAUGUUGGACUUGUGAAGACUGUGGUAACUCUACCCCAAUGCUAUGAGGGGGAACCUGCAUCUCAAGGGAGCCUAAUUGACCAACUAAGAGAAACCUGCAAAGAAUUGGAGAAUGGUAUAACUGUGGCCAAGGCCAGAAAAGAAGCUUUAGAAGUUCUCAUCUGUAGCCUAGAAAGGGAAGAUAUAGAGAAGGCUGGUAAGGAUUCAAAUGCAAGACCUAAAUCCCAAUCCAGUGGCAGCUUUGGAAGUUUAGAAGACUCUGAAGGUGCAAGUGAAGAUACAAGUGAAGGUGAAAGUGAUGCUUCUUCUUCAGAUUAA